UUUUACAGAAGAUAGCUAUGAAGAAAUAGAAGAUUACAACCGAUAUUUGCCACUGUACAGAGCUUCACUGAGUGGAAGUUGGGAGGAAGCAGAAGCAUUCUUCAUGGGAGAGAACAAAGCAAGCAGAGCUCCGCUCAACUGCGACUUUCAGACAGCACUCCACGUCGCAGUUGGCGCAAAGAAUGAUAACGCUAAGCAUUUCGUCGAAAAGUUGGUGGAUUCGAUGGCGCCCGACGACCCGUUAGACAUGGGAGACUGUAACGGGGAUACUCCUCUUCACUAUGCUGCUAGAUUUGGCAACUUAGACGCAGCUAAAAUCCUAGUCGGCCGAAAUAAGAAUUUGCCUAAUAUUGGCAGCGAGGGUGAUCUCUAUCCAAUCCACGAUGCAUCCACGAUGCAGCUGAAUAUGGCUUCAAUUCUGUGGAUAUCUAUGCUUAUCUCUUGGGUGUCACUACAGUCCUUGAUCCUUAUACAGGCUCCAGCGGCAUUAGGCUUCUCCGCAGAUUAAUCCAUUCUGACAUGUAUGAUUUCGCUACUGAGUUGGUGAAACAGCACCCUGAUUUGGCCAAAAAUGACGAACAUGAAAAAUCUGCUUUGAAGGAGCUUGCCAUGAAGGAAUUUGCAUUCCUUAGUGGAAGUCGUUUAAACUAUUGGCAACUAUUACUCUUCU